AUGGGAGAUGGUGGGAUGAUGGAUUCCUGUGCCAGAGCCUACUUAGCCGUGGGAAUCCCGCAGGAGUCAACUAGAGGGGUCCCGUGCCUCAAGGUCCUGAACUCAAAGCUGCCGAGUGGCCGGGCUCCUGUUCACACCUCAGGUGGAAAGGGUUUUUGUGGAGAUAGUGAUUAUUAUUACUCUAUUACUGAUGAUUGCCCAAGAUAUGAGCUGAAUUUGUUCACACUUCCGAAGCAAAAUUGUGAAGAUUUGGAAUAUGUCCUCAUACCUCGUGGCAUCAUUGUGAACAGAGUCGAGCGGUUGGCUAAGGACAUUUGGAAAGACAUAGGCCACUGUGACUUUACGAUCGUGUAUAUGUGUGAAAAGGAUGAUAGGUUCUUUCUGGAGCUUGUAGACUACAUCAAGAACUUCUUCCAGAACUCAAAGAAAUUUACCUCCGUGAUGGUCUAUUUUAUGAAACUGCAAAGCAACGGGAAUGACCAGUCCACGGAGGAGCUGAAGAUAAUUGAAAGCGAAAGUCUUUCAACACUGGCUGGCAAGAAUAUCCUUAUUGUUGAGAAUAUCAUUGGGACUGGAAGGACCAUGAAAGCACUGCUCAGCAUCCUAGAGAAAUACAGACCCAACACAAUUAAGGUAGCCAGUUUGUUCGUGAAGAGAACACCAAGAAAAGAGUUUAGACCUGACUAUGUUGGAUUUGAGAUUCCAAACUUAUUUGUGAUGGGCUAUACCUUAAGUUACAAAAACUAUUUCAGAAAUCUACGUUCGUCAUUUCACUAUGCCCAUCUAAGCUGUAUUAGUAGCAAACUGUCUAUAAACUUUUUUGUGUUGGUGUUUGAACUCUAGCAGGCUCCAGUGAUCGUGGAAUGCAGCUCGUAACUAUUUCCAUUUUGGGAGCAAUCGCUUUGAUAUGUAGUCAUGGACCCCCAUAGUGGAUCACUAACUGUGACCCUGAACAAAGCCAAGUGAGCAGGAGGUGGACCACUGACCCAAAGUAGACUUCUCAGUUUCACUCUCUGUCCUAAUAAUUAAAUAUUAAACCAAUAGUCAGAUAGACCAACAGUUUGGGGCUUAAGCCAAUGUACUA